CCGCAGCUCUUCGACCGGCAGUUCUACAGUGAGAUCCUCGAUGCUAAGCUGACCAUCACUGUCACCAUGCGGACGCUGGACCUCAUUGACAAGGCUUACGGCUUUGACUUCUACAUCCUCAAGACUCCAAAAGCUGAUAUGUGCUCGAAGCUUGGGAUGGAUUUGAAGCGAACGAUGCUGCUGCGACUUGCACGGCGGGAUCCUAAACUGCAUCCCGAUGAUCCAGCCAGAAGAGAGGCGAUCUACAAUAAGUACCAGGAAUUUGUGAUCCCAGAAGAAGAAGCCGAAUGGGUUGGCUUGAGUUUAGAAGAAGCAAUAGAAAAACAGAGGCUCCGAGAAAAAAAGGACCCUGUCCCACUCUUUAAGGUGUAUGCUGAAGAGCUUGUCAACCAACUGAAAGAACAGGCACUGCAGAAGCAGUAG